AGGCAGUGCCAUAACUAUAGUUUCUCGUAGAGCCAUUCCGGUUAUAUGAAGAAACUGAAGCCAGAGGGGGACCAGGACCAUACGUGUAGUCUCUUGUUUGGGCAUCCCAUUUAUAAGUGAUGAAACUGAGGGCACAGGGAGCCCAUGGGCCGUUAAGUGUAACUUCUCGUAGAGCCUUUCCGUUUAUAAAUGAGGAAACAGAACAGAAGACAUCCGGGGUAGUAAGUGUAACCUCUUAUAGAUCCCUUCUACUUAUAAGUGGGGAAACUGAGAUUAGAAGAGGCCCAGGUCCUGUAAAUAUAACCUCUUGUAAAGACCACAAUUUGCAAGUGAAUAACUAAGGCCUGAGGAGGAGCCCUUCCCUUUACAAAAAAAAAAAAAAACCUGAAGCUGGAAAGAGCCCAUUGGCUGUGAGUAUAGCCUUUUGUUUAGUCUUUACAUUUACAAGUGAUGAAACUGAGACCAAAAGGGAAGUGUAUUCCUAGGAUCUAGGUAAGGAAAGGACCUUACUCUAAACCCAGAGGAGAUAUCCCAGUGUAAUGGAAACCACUAAACGUAGACCUAGAGGACAGGCAUUUGUAUACAUUUUUCACCAUUUGUGCAGUGGCCCCUAAAAAAUUUUUGGGGUCAUGGGAUUAAGCUUGAAGGGAUCUUCAGGGCCUUCUGGCCCAACCCCCCUCUUACCCCUAAGGAACCUGCCCCCAAGAGAAGGGAAUAGAGAGAUUAGACCCCUUGAUCCCACUGGGAGAGGGACCUGAAAUCUGGAGAAGAGAAAUAACUCACUCAGUGUAGCCCAAGAAGGAAGAAGUAGCAGAGCUAAGACUGGAGCCCAAGUCUUCCAAAUCACAAACCAAUGCUCUGCCCCAUGCCCCAUUGAGUGGAGUAGCUAGACUUUGAAGGGGAGUUGGGGGGGAGGACCAGAAAAUCUCUGCUGAAAACCCAAUUCUGCCCUCAAUAAAUGUGUGGAGCACCAUGGUAGAAGCCUGCUUUCAUCUGUUAACUUCACUUUCUCCAUCUAUAAAAUGGGGAUGUACAUUCCUGGACCCCCAUACCUCCAGAGGUGUUUCUAGGCAGAAAGCCAAUGUUAAUAGGGUUCCAAAGAGUAACCUAGACUUAGUUCUUUGACAUCCUUGUUCUUAAUAGUAGUGUAACAUGUAAGGAAGUUGUUGAAUUCUAGACUCAGCAUUAGGAUUGGGCUCCUUAAGCUCAGGGUCCCCUUUUUCUCUUCUCUGUAUUCCUGACAAUUAACAUAGUGUAAUCAGUAUUUGCUGACUAAGGAGUUUGAGAUUUAUUGCUGACUCCUUGGCUACUAGAGAAUCCUUUGUAAUCUUUUGCAGUGGAAAUAUCCCUCAUUCUUCCCUCAAGCUCCUCUUCAAAAAUAAAUAGUAUCUCUCAUUGGCCACUGUUGAAAUGUAGUAUAUAGUGGGUAGAGUUCUGAGCUUAGAAUGAAGAACACCCAGAUUUAAAUGUUGCCUCUUAUACUUCUAUCCCUGUAACCAUAAACAAGUCACUGACCUUCUAAGUCUCAGUUUCCACAUCUGUAAAAUAAGGGAAAUAAUACCCAUAUGCAAAAUGGUAUGUAAAUAUUAUCAAGUUAUCUAAUUCUGUUGAAGGAUUUAUUAAGUACAAAGAGUUUAAAUCCUACCUCUUAUUCAUACUGGCUUCAUGACCUUGGGCAAAUAAGUCAGCACUCUGAGCAUCUCCCUCAGACCAGAAGUUGCAGAGAAAGUGUUUGGUUAGAGGUAGUUUUCUUUUCUGGGUGGGAAUUCCAAAUCUCAGUGAAAUCACAGGUCUGUUUCCUGUUCCUGUCUGCCAAGCAUUAGACUGUGUUGGGUAUUCAAGAGUAAUGAUAGUCCCUGCCCCACAUGAAAUCCAGCUCUCCUGACAUCUGCAUUCAAGAGGAAGGCAGACUUUACCCUCCAUGUGACAGCCUUGUAGAAUCUGUUUUAGCACUGAAAGGUACCUCAGUGUUGUACAGAUUUGUGUAUGCAAUGGACACUGAUCUCAGUUCCCAGGACAGGAAGGACCUGGACAAGUUCAUCAAAUUUUUUGCCCUGAAGACUGUCCAGGUGAUAGUUCAGGCACGGCUGGGAGAGAAGAUUUGUACUCGCUCAUCAUCCUCUCCAACAGGAUCUGACUGGUUUAACUUAGCCAUCAAGGAUAUUCCAGAGGUCACACAUGAGGCCAAGAAAGCAUUGGCAGGGCAGCUGCCCGCUGUGGGGAGGUCAAUGUGUGUGGAAAUCUCUCUCAAGACUUCUGAGGGAGAUUCCAUGGAACUAGAAAUUUGGUGUCUUGAAAUGAAUGAAAAGUGCGACAAAGAAAUUAAAGUUUCCUACACUGUGUACAAUAGGCUGUCUUUACUGCUGAAAUCUCUGCUUGCUAUCACUAGAGUAACACCAGCCUACCGACUCUCCAGGAAGCAGGGCCGGGAAUAUGUCAUCCUCUACAGGAUAUACUUUGGAGAAGUCCAGCUGAACGGCUUAGGAGAAGGUUUCCAGACUGUCCGAGUUGGUACGGUAGGCACUCCAGUAGGCACCAUCACACUGUCCUGUGCCUACAGAAUUAACCUGGCCUUCAUGUCUACCAGGCAGUUUGAGAGGACCCCACCUAUCAUGGGGAUUGUCAUUGAUCAUUUUGUGGACCGUCCCUAUCCCAGCUCCUCGCCCAUGCACCCCUGCAACUACAGGACGACUGGAGAGGAUGCUGGGGUAACGUACCCAUCUGUGGAAGACUCCCAGGAAGUGUGCACCACCUCUUUCUCCACCUCCCCUCCAUCCCAGUGUGUGUUCACUGUCAGUAAGGCAUAUUUUCAGACCCCUACUCCUGUGGUGACGGAUACUCUGAGGGUCCCCAUGGCAGGACUGGCCUUUUCCCACCAACUCGCAAGCUCUCGCCUUGCCUAUCAGCCUGCUGCUCUGGGAGUUGGAUCAGCUGAGCUCGCUCACCCAGUGGUCUUUGCUGCUGGCUCGAGUGCUGCCCACCCUCACCAGUUAAUGGUUCCAGGGAAAGAAGGUGGGGUGCCCCUGGCUCCCAGCCAGCCUGCCCAUGGCACCCAGGCCGACCAUGAGAGGAUGGCAACCUGUACCCCUUCUGAUGGUGCCCACUACAUCGUCACUCCUUCCAGCAGUGAAGACACCGAAACGGUAUCCAACAGCAGCGAGGGCCGGGCUUCGCCCCGCGGCAUCCUGGAGGCUGUCUUAGUUCGGAAAGUGGGAGCUCUUGUCAACAAUUCAGUGGAUCAGGUAACUAUGACCAAUUUGGACAUCCCCUUUGCCAUGUUUGCUCCCAAAAACUUUGAGCUGGAGGAUAAUGAUCCCAUGGUAAAUCCUCCCGACUCCCCAGACACUGAAUCUCCUCUCCAAGGCAGCUUGCACUCUGAUGGGUCCAGUGGCGGCGGUGGCGGCGGCAGCAGCGGGAACACGCAUGACGACUUUGUCAUGGUUGACUUUAAGCCGGCCUUCUCAAAAGAUGAUAUUCUCCCCAUGGAUUUAGGGACCUUCUACCGAGAAUUUCAAAAUCCCCCUCAGCUGAGCAGCCUCUCCAUUGACAUUGGGGCUCAAUCCAUGGCUGAAGACCUGGACUCGCUCCCAGAAAAGCUGGCUGUGCAUGAGAAGAAUGUCAAAGAGUUUGAUGCCUUUGUGGAGACCCUGCAGUAAAACCGUCAUCCUCCCCACACCCCAGCAGUAGCAGCAGCAGCACCACCACCACCAUGAGCCCUUUUUGGGACACCCCUGAGGACAGAGGCCAUUCCACCUAUCUCUUCUCCCUCGCUCAUCUAUUAUUUAUUCAGCUUCAGAGGGAAGAGGCUGCCCCAUUCUUGCCUUGGGGCUCUUCCCCAGUGAAAUCCAGUGGCCAGCAUUGAAGAGGGCCCAGCCCCUCCGCAGCAUUCUGUUCUGGGUUAUGGCCUGGUCCAGGGGUCAGAAACUAUCACAGCUGGAGGAAGAUGGGCCACUGGCCCGUCCCCCCGCAAUUGCCUGCUUCUCCGUGUAUAUUCUCCCAGUCUGAGCAGAGGCUCAGCCCAGAACAGCAGCGUCUUUCCUCAUCAUCACCAUCGGCUUUGCCCAUAGAAUAGAACUGGGCAGCCUCUCCCCUUGGUGUUAAAGGCUCUGUCCAGGGCUAAGGACAGCUGCUAGGACUGUCCUACCCACCACUACUCCGGUGACCCACAAGCAAGAAAGGAAACCGGAAACGUCAGUCCAUUGGUGCCCGUGGCACUGUAGAGGCAGACAUGACAAAGGCUUGGUAAAAAGCAGGGCAGGAGGAGAGGACCCGUCUGGGGGCCCAUCUAGGAUAAAUGCCUUCCAAGACACUAUGCAAGGCGACGUUGGACUGGCGCCGGCUGUAAAUAGAAGCUCCUGCCCUGUGUGGUUGGGGCUGGGUCACAGGAGUUGUAGAUCAAGAUUCUCUUUCCCUUCCUGUCCUGCUCUUUUGCUGCUCUCUGGUCCUAGAUAAGCGUUGAACAGUAAAUAUUUAUUGCUUUAAGAGAAAGUUGGAUUCUUUCUAAUGGUACCUUGGAUGUGGGCUGUUUUCACCCAGCUGUGGCCCUGGGAAGGCUGGGUCCUUCCUUGGCCAGCAGGGCCCUCCUCAGAAGAAGCCAGAAGCAGCCCUGCAACACUAGCCACUCUUCGGACCGACCCCACUGGACACCAACUUCUCACUAGUCUGGGGUUCUCCCCACCCCUUCCAAGAAACUGCUGGCUGAGACUGCAAGGUUUUCUUCCUAAUGCCACACUGACUCAAGUGGCCGACGACCACAUCCUCUGCCAUCCCGAGGCAAGGCCCCAGCCCCAGGCCCCUGGGUGCUUCUUGCUGCCUUAGGGUGGAAAAGGCUGAGGGGUUCCUGCUGUGCCCGGGCCUCUGAUCCUGAAUGACACCCACCACCAGAGCCAUCCAAGGGGCUCUGAAGCUAGGAAGCGCGAUGCCCAUCACCCUGUUUGCUUGCUGGCCGGAACCAGAACCAGAGCCAAAGCCCAGCUAUUCUGACCCUUCUGGUUAGUCAGGUGCCUCUCACUGCCAGGCCUUACCUGACAUCUUCGCUGGAGGGACUGUUGGCUUCCUUGAACAAGGGCAAUUCUCGAGGCAGGCCCAGCGCACGGAGGUGCCGAGCAAGUAGCUGCUGGGGAAACAGCCUUCUCAAGUCCUCGUAGCCAGUGGGGACAGACAAGGCCCGACCUGCACAGCCAAGAGGGGCCCCCCAGUUCAGGCUCAGCUCGUGCCCUGCUUGUCACAUAACCACCAUGGAUUUUUGUGCACAAUGUCUACUACUCAGGGGUGAUGGCCAGAGCAUUUCACUUGGGAACCCUCCUGUCACUAGAGGCCAGUUUCUCCUUGCCUUGAGAGUCCAGUCUGAGGCAGCCUUGGCGCUAUAUUGGCCUUGAUUCCGAGGACAGAGAUGAGAGCAAUGAAGGGUCAGUCAGUGGUUUGGGCCCACUGUAGGACAAUCCUAGAGUCCUGAAUUUGGCCCCUCGGCCCCAGCACAGGAUGAAGGGGAGGUAGCAUGGAUCUCGGAACCUUUUCCCCAUUUCUGGACUUCUAAUUCAGCCCCUCAGAUCCCACCUCUGACCAACUUCCUCUUUGCCCCUGCAUGAAAAUGCUGUGGUGUCCUAGGCAGGAGCACCGUUAGCACGAGUGCUGCCCUCCGCAGGCAAUAACUACAUAGCCCUUCUCCAUUGCCAGUUUGCUCAGGGUAGGAGCUGGGAUCUCCCAGGCUCACCAGGACUGGAGUUGAGCAUUUGCUUCAAGCAGAGCCCAUGGCGGGUGGCAUAGUCCAGGCCCGGGCCGUCAGCCUUGCUCAGUGCAAAGGGGUUCGGGCCCUGGACUGGUUCUUGGGUCCCAAAUGUCUUCCUGAGGUCACUCAAGCCAGUGGCUGUCAGCACAUCCAGGAAAGAGCUGGAUGGUGCCCGGCCUGGAGAGAAGCAUCUUCACCCCUUGUCUGUUUGAAAACAUUGAGCUGUACUUUCAAAUAUAUUCUCAGAAAAUUUCCAAUAAAAUUUUUCUGUACAUAA